UGUUUUAUUUGUAACAGGUUUUUUUGUGAAAAAAAAAGAGUGUCAAAUUUUCAAUCAACCAAUUUUUGGCUCUUGUUAUUAUUUUUACUAAUUGUUUGAUAGCCAAACACUGAAAAAAAAAAACAGUCAAUUGCACAACUAAUUCGAUUUUCCGCAGUUGUUUCCCGAAGUUGAAGGACAUUUUUUUAAAAUUAAGUCCGGACCUGUUAAAGCGGUUCGCGGAUCCUCGCUGCCAAAUGGUCGAGAUUCGUUCUCCUGAGUUUCCAUUGAUUUAUUGUUCGCGAGGCAGGCGCAGGGCGCAGUAUUUGGUGUUUUCUCCAUGAUGAUGAUGUUUUAGUUUUAUCCAUUUGGGUUUAAUAUAGUGUAGACCAUAGAGGAAAUUUCAGAAUUUUCUGUUAUUUGUGUUGAAAAUUAUUUGUUUUUGGUGAAUUUGCAAUUAUAUCAAUAAUUCAAGAUAAUACCUACAAAAUGCACAGGAAUGUGGAUCAGUGGUGUCCUGAAAAAUCCUUUCUAAAUUCAUUAAGAGAUGUACUGCAAGAGGCUUUGAUUCCAGACAGUGAGGUGCAGAAAAAUGUCCAGGAAAAACUUGGCUACAUUCAGAACAUGCCAGACUUUACCUUCUACCUUCUUUAUGUUCUUGGAGAGCCUUCCUUCCCAGAUGAUAUCCGAUCUUUAAGCGGAAUAUUAUUGAAAAACAAUCUUCUUACAACAUAUCCAACGUUAACCCGAGAAGGUGCUUCAAAAUUAAAGCAGCAAUGCCAAUAUCUACUGAUGGAUCCUUCAAGAGAUGUAAGAUUAAGUAUUUCUAAUGUUAUAGUCAGUAUUGCAAGAGAUAAUUUGAAAGAUUGGGAAGAAAUAAUACCAUUUUUAAUUAAAGCAUUUACUGCCCAGAAUGAAUUUAGUGAAAUUGCUUUGAUAACAUUAUUCAAAAUUUGUGAAGAUCUGAUUACGUAUCAAAAAAGCCAAGAGGAAAUUCAUGGUAUUACCAAAGAAGUAUUUCCAAAAUUUAUCGACUAUUUAUGUAAAGACGAUUGUAGAAUGCAUCAAGACAUUCUAAGACUAACAAAUCAAUGUUUGCAAGAUCAUUUCAAUAUUAUGAAGCAAUCAUUGGAUUUGGGCUUAUAUUUACGCCACGUAAUCCGUUUAGCUGACACUGAUGAUGCUGAAUUGCAAAAAUAUGUUUGUCAUACUUUUACAAUUUUUGUUGACAAACAAGAGGAAUCUCUUCUUCCCCAUUUACAUGAUGUAAUCAUGUAUUUAUUGAACAAAAGCCAACAUGAAGAUGCCGAAGUUGCUUUACAAGCCUGUGAAUUUUGGUUGGCAAUAACAAAAGUAUCAACUUGCAAAGAUAUUUUAUCUGCUUACAUAAACAAAUUAGUGCCGAUAUUACUGAAAAAUAUGAGAUAUUCAGAAACAGAAUUAAAUAUUAUGAGAGAUUAUCUAGGUUCCGAUGCUAAUACUAAAGAUUUGGCUAAAGAUAUUGCUCCAUUUCAUGGUGCGACACAUAGAAAUAUUGAAGAAGAUGAAUUAAGUAAUGAAGACAAUGCUGCAAAUGAAGAUUUUGACGAUUUUUACAUGGGAUGGACUCUAAGAAAAUGCAGUGCUGCUUCUUUGGAUUCUAUAGCAGUCAAAUUUAGAGAAGAUCUUCUGCCUAUUAUUGUGCCAUAUCUUAGUGAAAUGUUGAAUCAUAAUGAUUAUUUAGUGAAGGAAAGUGCAAUAUUAGCUCUUGGUGCUAUAGCAGAAGGGUGUAUCAUUGGUCUUAGGAAUCAACUGCCUGACCUUAUUCAGUUUUUACAAGCUUCCAUGAACGAUGGGCAUUCAGUUGUGCGUGUAAUAACUUGUUGGACUCUGAGUCGAUAUGCUUCCUGGAUAAUUAAUGUAAGACCUGACUCACCUAAUAUGUAUUUCAUCCCUAUAAUGAUACUUAUUUUAAAACAUUUCGUGGAUAAUAAUAAAAGAGUGCAGCGCGCUGCUAUUUCUGCCUUUUGCAUCUUUCAAGAAGAAGCUCAAAUGAAACUAAUUCCCUACAUUAAUAUAAUUGUAGAAGGUUUUUUGUUAGGGUUUGAAAGGUUUCAUUGUAGAAGUUUGUACUUGUUAUAUGAUGCUAUUGGAGCUCUAGCUCAAUCAGUAGGUAACCAUUUGAAUGAUCCAGAAUAUGUUUCCAAAUUGCUACCACCCUUAAUGCAAAAAUUUACUCAGUGUGAUAAUUAUUUUGAUGAUCAUUUUAUUGCAGUUUUAGAAUGUUUGGCAAACCUUAUUCCUUCUUUAGAAUUGUCUUUUCUUCCAUAUGCUGAGGUAGUUUUUUGGCAUUGUUUGCAAUUAAUGCAUGAUACUUUAAUUUCUUGUCUCAAUUUUCAAGAACAUCCCAAUGAAUAUGAUCCGCCAGAUAAAGAACCAAUGAGUGUCGCUCAUGACGUUCUCUAUAGCAUGGCUUUAGGGUUGAAAGGUCAUUUUGUCAAAUUUGUCACCAAUAGUAGUUUGCCAUUUGUGCUCUAUGCAACAAUUCAAGAUAGUUCCGUAAUAAUAAGGCAAACUUCUAUUGCUUUGUAUGGAGAGCUUAUAUCAUUAUGUUACCCAUAUCUAUCUUCAAAUGUCAAUGAUUAUAUUCCUUUAAUAAUUAGAAAUUUGGAUGAACAAAAUGAUGGAGUAUGCAACAAUGCUGCAUGGGUUAUAAGUAAAUUAUGUUCAGUUAUGGGUCCAAGUAUCCAACCAUAUGCUCCAGAUAUAAUUCUGCGUUUCAUUAAUAUUGUUAAAGAUCCGGCUGUUGCCAGAACCAUGCAUCAAACUGCGGCAAUUGCGUUGUGUACUACUUUAUUCGUUUGUCCUGAUGUUAAUGUCCCCAAUUUGGAUGUUAUUUUGAAAAACUGUUGCAUACUUAUAAGAAAUGUCAGAGAUUCUGAUGAGAAGGAUUUAGCGUUUAGGGGUUUAUGUGCAAUGAUCGUUAGAUGUCCUGAUUUUAACAACAAGUACUUCAUAUUUUUCUGCGAUGCUGCUGCUUCCUGGUUCAAUAUAAAACCAGAUUUGAAAGAUAAUAUCAGAAAUGUGAUGAUGUCAUUUCAAAAUGAUUGUAGAGAAAACAGCUGGGCCCAGUUUUCCGGUCAAUUUCCUAGUAAUCUUAAAGCAAGACUACACGAAUUAUAUGGGGUUUGAUAAACCUACACUUAUUUAGCUAGGGGAUUAAAAAGAUUUGUGGGAAUGCUUGAGUGCGCCUGCCUUAAAUUUAAACUUUUAAAAUUGUUCUCAAUAUGAUACAGGUGGGAAGUUUUCAGAUAUACAGAAUCUCUCAGUUUACAAACAAGUGACUUUAAAAUUGGGGCCCCCUAUUUUGAUGAAAUGCUUCGGGAGAUAACUAAGAAUUUAAGUUACUUUUUCAUUUGUGGUUCACUAAGGUAAAGUAAAACAAAAACAAAUGGGGUUAUAUUUUUAUAUAAAGUACCUAAUUAUAUUAGCGCGGUAAUUGAACAAAAACUAUUAUUUUAAUAUUUCCACUCACUAGUUUAAUUUUUCCAAAAGUUAUUUUUGGGGUUUUGUUAUCUAUUUUUCAAAAUCUAAAUAAUGCAGGGUAGUAGCAAAGUAAGACUUGAAAUUGUUUUGAUAUUUAUCGUCCCAUAGUCCCUGUAAACAACAGACUUCUACCUUUAUACGUAGUGUGGUCAUGUUUUUUGUAUUCUAUUUCUCAAUAAUUCAUCAUUAUUUGGGAAAGAACAAACAUCCUCAAAAUUGGAUUUCUUGAAAGUGGCCUUAUUGGAAUUUGUUGAUUACAUGGAGUAUGUACAGGAUUAUUGGUUGUAAGUGGACCACCCACUUAACUCGUUUAUUUUUGUAGUAGGUAAGAAAAAAUGAAAGCUAAUUUGUUUAAACAGGCUUCCAUCUAAUUCAUACAGGGUGAUCCAAUUUACCAGUAUAAUAUUAUUUUUUCUGUUAGAUAUUUUCUUCCUGAUUCGAAAUAUACAGGGUGGCCACACGAAAACGAAACAAGCUACUUUUCGUGUACUUCCAGUUUUUGUUUUAAUUGAUUUUAACCGUCGAUUUAGUUUCUGAAGGGGAAAAAUUUUCCUCAUUAUUAUUUACUAAGCAACUCUACCCCUUAGCGGGGGUGAGUGGCACCUUCAAAAUUGUAAUUGUGUUUCGACGGCCUUUUUACUCUUAUUACCUUCUCGAAGUUUGAAGUCGCUGUUAUCAUCCCUAAUUAAAUGACAGCUUGUCAAAGUUUUCACAAAAAAUUUCGAAAAGAAACCAACUACUUCUCGGGUAGGUACUUUCGUGAAUUAUAAUGAAGAAAAUGUUUUCCCUUCCAAAACUAAAUCGGCUCGUAGGAGCAAUUUGAAAAUAAAAAAAAAAACUGGAAGUACACGAAAAGUAGCUUGUUUCGUUUUCGAUUGGCCACCCUGUAUAUAGUUUGUUGGGUCUAUCCUAAAUAAGAUAUUUUUCACUUAUUACGUUUUAUUUCAAUAUUAUUUUCCGUUGGUCAGUAUAGAAGGCCAUGCUUGCUACAACGCUAUUUCUAUAGUGGGUGGUCAAUUUAUAACCAAUAACCCGGUAUACUACAUAUUUUUAGUUGUAAGAAAUACACGUUUUUAAUUUAUUCUCCUAGUUGAAUGUUUAUGACAUGUGCCAAAUAAUAAAGCCAAAACAUUUCUACUAUGUAUUGUUUUCCUGAGUGUGAGUGCUUUAUUACCUACUUACUGUGAAUUUAUCAUUUAACAUUUUUGUCAUACUUAUUACUUAUAUCGUUAUUUUUACUAAUUCAAUUAUUUAGCUACUUGUUUUAUAUUUAUCAUUUAGAUAUAUGUAUUAUUGCUUAUGUAGGGUGACAAUUUGAAAACUUGCGAUGUGCUGAACUCUGUACUGACUAAAAUGUGUUGGUUUUUAAAAUAUAGAGCCAAUAGCAAAUUUUCAAAUUAUUGUUCCCAUUGUAGCUUCAUUUACCCUUUAUGCAGUAUUAUUUACUCAACUAGGUAUACUUAGAAUAUUAUUUGCCUUUUUACUUUUUCAUUUAUGAAUUUGACAUUUUUAAUAAAAAAAUCUUAUUCCUAUUGAGUCAGUUACGUUAAUUUUGUUAGAAAAGAAGUUCUAUGUCUUAUGUUUCACGUACACUCCUAGAGUUGACUCAGUUUUGUAUUUUUUUUUAGGCAAUAAACGUUUUUUCAUAAUGUGAUGCAUUAGUUUUAUUUUUUUUUCGGCAUUAUAGAAUAUAGAUUACCA